AUGGGUGGGAGGUUGAUAUUGGUUUUAAUGCUAAGCCUGCUGGCCGGGGCGGUUCGCGGUGAAGACCCAUACGUGUACUACACGUGGAACGUGACCUACGGCACCAUUUCUCCUCUUGGAAUCCCGCAACAGGGUAUUCUUAUCAAUGGGCAAUUCCCCGGACCGGAAAUAAACUCAACCAGCAACAAUAACGUUGUGGUGAAUGUGUUCAACAACCUUGACGAGCCAUUCCUUUUGACAUGGAGCGGUGUCCAACAAAGGAAGAACUCAUGGCAAGAUGGUACAUUGGGAACCCAAUGCCCCAUUGCCCCUGGUACAAACUACACCUACCACUUCCAAGUUAAGGACCAGAUUGGAAGCUAUUUCUACUAUCCAACAACUGCUUUGCACAGAGCAGCUGGUGGCUUCGGUGGCCUCAGGAUCUAUAGCCGUCUGUUGAUUCCUGUCCCAUACGCUGAUCCUGAGGAUGAAUACUGGGUUCUCAUUGGUGACUGGCACACCAAGAGCCACUCCGUUCUCAGGAAGUUCUUGGACAGUGGUCGCUCUAUUGGAAGACCAGAAGGUGUCCUUAUCAACGGCAAAACAGCCAAGGGAGAUGGCAGUGAUGAGCCACUCUACACAAUGAAGCCUGGCAAGACCUACAAAUACAGAAUCUGCAACGUUGGUCUCAAGGAAUCACUCAACUUCAGGUUCCAAGGUCAUUCCAUGGAGCUGGUUGAGAUGGAAGGUUCCCACACUGUUCAGAACAUGUAUGACUCACUUGACGUCCAUGUUGGGCAAUGCUUUUCUGUCCUUGUCACUGCCGACAAGGAGCCAAGGGAUUAUUACAUGGUGGCCUCCACUCGUUUCUCAAAGAACGUUCUUACUGGCAAAGGCAUAAUCCGUUACACUAACGGUGUUGGCCGUGCCUCACCUCUGCUCCCUCCUGCUCCUGUUGGUUGGGCUUGGUCUCUCAACCAGUUCCGCUCCUUCCGUUGGAACCUCACCGCAAGUGCUGCUAGACCUAACCCUCAGGGUUCUUACCAUUAUGGUCAGAUCAACAUCACUCGCACAAUCAAGUUGGUCGACUCUGUCGUCAGAUCUCCUGCCUCUCUUCGUUAUGCCCUUAACGGUGUCUCUCACGUUGAUGGUGAAACUCCUCUCAAGCUUGCCGAAUACUAUGGUGUUGCUGACAAGGUUUUCAAGUACAACAUCAUCUCUGAUGAACCCCCCGUUGAUCUUAAAAAAGUCACCGUUGCACCCAAUGUCAUCAAUGCCACAUUCCGCAACUUCAUCGAGAUAAUCUUCGAGAACCACGGGAAAACCGUUCAGUCAUACAAUUUGGACGGCUACUCAUUCUUUGCAGUCGCCAUAGAGCCAGGGAGGUGGACUCCUGAGAAAAGGAAGGGCUACAACCUUCUUGAUGCAGUGAGCAGACACACCGUUCAGGUGUUCCCCAAAUCAUGGGCAGCAAUAAUGUUGACAUUCGACAAUGCUGGAAUGUGGAACUUGAGGUCGGCGCUAGCUGAGAAUAGCUACCUGGGCCAACAGCUAUACAUAAGUGUUUCGUCUCCAGAACGAUCUCUCAGGGAUGAGUACAACCUUCCGGAUACCCAGCUUGUUUGCGGCAUCGUCAAGGAUAUGCCCAAGCCAAAACCAGUCUACGUCUAA